AUGCGCCUCAACCUCACUGCCAAAGACAUCGGCCACACUGAUCUUGUCGAUGAAGCUACAGGCGACGUGCAGUAUACCAUCCGCACGAACAUAGAUGGGAAGAUGAAGACCGUCAGGAGGCCCUUACAGGAGCCUGCGCCCGAUCAUGCUCCAGGUCCUUUGGUCGGGCGCUUUCAUUUGCACACCGUGACGGCGGACACGAUGGAGCGACGAGAGGGCGAGCAAAUCCACGUGAAGGACUGGAUGCAUGACGAAAACAAGGAAAGCGCGUACACGAGUCAAUCUGGGAAGAAGUACGCCUGGUCCAUGCAGAAGGAUGGUGACGCUAUUCUUCACGACGAAAGCGGUCAACAAGUGGCGUAUCUGUAUGAACGGUCUUCAUCGCUUUUCAACAAGGAGAAACGAGAAAGGGCUUGCUUAGAGGUCAGCGACGAUAUGAUGGCAGACUUCGACGAUAUCGUUUUGAGUUGCCUGUACCUCAAGAUCCGUGGUCAACACGCCGGUGUGUUUGGAACAUCUUUGAGUCAUAAGCUGGCGGUUGCAAUGUCCUCUGGAACGGGGCUGUCGACAUGA